AUGAAUCUAUCCCAGGAGAAUAGUUUUUCGAACGGUUUAUUAUACGUUGGGUUUAAUCAAGACCAAGGUUGCUUUGCCUGCGGAACAGAGAAUGGCUUCAGAGUUUUUAAUAGUGACCCACUUAAGGAGAAAGAAAGACAGAAUUUCGCAGAAGGUGGUCUUUCAUAUGUGGAAAUGCUAUUUAGAUGCAACUACAUGGCAUUAGUUGGAGGAGGAAAUACUCCUGUGUAUCCUCCUAACAGAGUUAUAAUAUGGGAUGACCUCAAAAAGGAUUCAGCUAUAGCAUUAGACUUCAAUAGUCCAGUAAAAGCUGUAAAGUUACGGCGAGAUCGAAUCGUUGUAGUAUUAGAAAAUCUAAUAAAAGUGUAUACAUUUACUGCUCAACCACAAUUAUUACAUGUAUUUGAGACAUGUCAAAAUUUAAGAGGCCUUUGUGUUGUUUGUCCUAAUAGCAAUAAUGCUUUACUAGCCUAUCCUAGUCGGAAAACUGGACAUGUCCAGUUGGUAGAGUUAAGUAGUCAUGCUGGCACAAGUACUGCACCAGAAGGUCACUUAAUUGCAGCGCAUGAAGCACCACUUAGCUGCCUAGCACUCAAUGUUGGGGGCACCCGGCUGGCAACUGCUUCAUCCAAAGGAACCCUUAUCAGAGUUUUUGAUACAAAUACUGGACAAAAGUUAGCUGAGUUGCGUAGAGGUGCUAAUCAGGCGACUAUAUAUUGCAUUAAUUUCAACCACACCAGCACAAAUUUAUGUGUGGCAUCAGAUCACGGCACUGUACAUGUAUUCAGCCUAGAUGAAGAAAAACUCAAUAAGCAGUCCAAUUUAGCUUCUGUAUACCUACUCCCAAAAUAUUUUUCUAGUAAUUGGAGUUUCUGUAAGUUCACAAUACCAAAUGGGCCGCCGUGUAUCUGUGCUUUUGGAGUAGAUAAAUGCUCCAUAAUCGUAAUUUGUGCAGAUGGAUCUUAUUACAAGUAUAAGUUCAAUGAAAAAGGAGAAUGUACAAGAGAUGUAUAUGCACAAUUUCUUGAAACAUCUGAAGAUAGAUAA